AUGGGCAGUCCAGCACGCAAAGCCCUGAUGGGCAGGCCCCCUUCCGCCGCGCGCUCGCGUGGCCUCCCGAGGCUCGCGCUCCGAAGAUCCGGUGCCGCUCUCUUCCUUGCCACCCUCGUCGCGCUGCCCUUCGCGGUGCUAUACCGCGCCGCCGUCUGGGGCUCGCUGGGGGCUUCCUGGGGGUGGGACUCGCUGCCCUCGUUCGCCGCAUCCCAGGAGGAGGGCGCCGAAGGCGACGAUCUGGACAGUGAAGAUCUCAAACUUGAGCGAGUCCUAAAGAAGGCUUCAAUGCGAGACAAUACACUUAUCUUGACUACACUUGUUGUCGCAUUUUCAUUUGAUUGGAAAGCAUACGAGCAAUGUGUCAAAAUCCAUCCCUACUGCUUUGCUCUGGGAACCGAGGGUGUGGAUUUCUCUGAAGAGAAGAGGUUCCUGACUUUAGGAUAUCUUGAAAUGAUGUGGAGAAGGCUAGAUUUCUUGCGGCUGGUUCUUGAAAAAGGUUACAACUUCAUAUUCUCGGAUGCAGACAUUAUGUGGUUUCGCAAUCCGUUCCCACAUUUCUAUCCUGAUGUAGACUUUCAGAUUGCAUGCGAUCACUAUGUCAGGAAUGCAACUGACUUGAGAAAUAUUGCUAUUGGAGGCUUCAGCUAUGUGAAAUCAAAUGAAAGAAGCAUAGAGUUUUACAGUUUCUGGUAUUCGUCAAGAUUGAGGUAUCCUGGCUAUCAUGAUCAGGAUGUAUUCAAUGCUAUAAAGCAUGAUCCUUACAUUGUAGACAUUGGAUUGACAAUUAAGUUUCUGAGUACAAAGUACUUUGGAGGGUUCUGUGAACCAAGCAGAGAUCUGAACGAAGUCUGCACUAUGCAUGCUAACUAA